AACUCAUGCCUGGCUGUUAUGGUGAGAGAGAGCGUUGCGCCGGACACUAAGCGACCAUGGACACUCGAGAAGGGUGAAACUGGAAUAUGGUGAAAAUUGUAGGACACCGCGGCCAAGAUGUUCAAGAAGCUACGGGAGAAGAUCACAGAGGAAGUACAACAGACGUCCCUGCGGCUACCAGUGUCUGUGCAGCAGUCUGUGCAGCAGCUGACUCAGAAUUCAACCACCGAUCAGUGGCUUGAGACCGUUAAAGAAGGAAGCCAAUUAAGUCUGUCGCCAUUCAGCGGGGCAGCAGCCUCACCAGGGGAACAGAAGAGGGAGUUGGCCCCACCAGCCCCACUGCAAGAUGAGCUUUUGGUGGAUAUUUCGGACAUCAGACCAGCAGGUCACAAUAAAGAUCUCUUCAGCAUUGAUGAGGACAGCCAUGAAGGCUCACCCAGCAAGUCGGGGUUCCAGCUGGUGGACCUUAGUGAUGCUGAGGCCAUGACCUCCGGUGAGGCCGGCAGUGGUCAUGGAAGCAGCCAGGGUGUGGCUGGGGUGACCUUUGACCCCAGCAUGUCUGUCACUGCCAGCCCUGCCCUCAGAUCCAGGAGGGACUCAGCUUGCUCCAGUGUCAGUGAUGCUAGCGGGUUGUUCCCAAUCUAUGAGGUUCCUGGAGUGUCUUUCAACAUACCUCAGAGUGACCUUGAGUCCUCAAGUGAGUGGGAGGAGGGUGGGGGCAGUGCAGCUGUGGUGGAACGACUUAGCAAGGACACGGUGUACCAGGCCUACCUCAAGAUGCGGCAGCGCUACCACAAGUACAAGGGCCGGUACGCUAUGUGGUUGUUCGUGUGUUGGUAUGCAGACCUUGCACGUGCUUACAAGGACAAGGAAAAAGAAUCAGAGAAACUAAGAGAUGUUCUUGCCAAGACACAGGACAAAGCUCUGCGUAAAGUGAGUGAGUUGAAGGAGCAAUGUUCCUUAGAACAGCAGGCAAAGGCACAUUUGGAGGAAGAGCUUCGCAGUGAUCUGGAGGAGAAGGAUCAUAAGAUUGCUGCCCUGCUCACAAAGGUGAGUGGGCUGCAGGAACAGUGUUCACUGCAGAAGCAAGCUAAAGCUCACCUGGAGGAAGAGCUUAAUGCAGAUUUAGAAGAAAAAGAACUCAAGAUUGCAGCUCUGAAGAUGAAGGUGACAAUCCUUCAAGAGAGUGUCUCAUCAGACUUGGCCAACCCAGCAGUGAGCCACAACAACAAUAAUAACAUCAAUAACAACCAGCAGCUGGGACAGGGUGGGGGAGUAACGCUGCAGGAUGAAGGUGACAGCGCAUCAGCCUGUGACAACACCUCAGGCACUGACAACACUUCAGGCACAGACAACUCGGGCGCUGACAACACCUCCACUGCUGAGAGUGUGUCGACCAUUGACAACAUCUCCAUGGCCGACAAUGUUUCAGUGACGUCCCAUGGCUCUGCCUCCACCACAGUUACUGCCAGUCAUGAAACCGACGACCUCAUUGAAAAACUCAAAGUAUCUGUGGAAGUGGAAGAGAGUGGUGACUCACCUGAUGUGUCCAAACACAAGUCUCUUCUGGCCCGCUGCAUGGACAACAUUCGGACCAACAAGGAGCGCAUUGGGGACCUCAUGCGGGAGAGGGACAUUGCCACUUCACAGCUGCAGGAAAAGAUAAAGCAGAUUGACAUCCUGAAGGAAGAACAUCUCAAAGAGUUGGACUCCAUGAAGGCCACCAAUGAGUCUUCAGCCUUUAGCAUGGCAGAGACUAAGAAGCAGCUCUUUGAGGAACUUCAAGUCAAGGAAGCCGAGGCAGAGCGAUGCCAAAAGAUGGUUGCAGCACUGGAAACACAGCUGGAGGAAGAGCGCAGUCAUUGGCAGGAACAACUUCAGAACAAGCAACAGGAAUUGGAGGAAAAGGAAGCUGUUAUUCAGGAACUUGGGUCCAAUAAUUCUACCCAGGAUGAUAUGGAAGAGGACAAGGAAGCAUCUGUGGCAGCAAUUAAGAAGGAAGUAGAAGCUAAAAUUAAUCAAUUGGAAGCUCGUACACAAGAGCUUAAAGAAUCUAGAACAAACCUUGAAACUCAGUUAUUAGAAAUAAGUGAUGUGAAAACACAGCUUGAAGACAAAGUUCUCUCUUUGAACACAGAGAAAGAGGAGAUGAGCAAGGAAGCAGAAGUGAUGAUAAAAGAGAGAAGUGACUUACAGGAAAAGCUGAGGACUGCUGACAACACCAGAGAAGAAUUAGAAAGUAAAAUUGUGGAAAUGGAAAAUCAUUGUAGCCAACUUAAAGAUGAAGUACAAGAGCUUAAAGAGUGUCGAGGGAAAUUAGAGGAGAAAAUUCAGAGAAAUGAAGAAAGGCAGGUUGAGUGUGAAAAAGAAUUAGAACAAUUGAUGAAAUCUAAUUCUGAAUUUAUUGAACAAACUAAAGCAUUGUCAGAAGAGAUAACAGCUUUUAAAGAGGUCAAUGAGAAGUUGGCAAACACCCUAGAGUUGACUCAGAAGGAGAAUACCACACUUAAAACAAGCAUGGAAAAAACUGAAGAAGAAAAAGGAAUAAUCUCUGAACAUUUAAUGGAAAAGGAUAUAAUCAUUACAAACUUGCGAGAAAAAAGUGAAGAAUUAGAUGGGAAGCUAAAGCAUACUCUUGAGGAAAAUUCUGCUCUUAUUGAGGAAGUUGCACGGACAAAAAGUGAAAAAGACUCACUGAACAAACUAAUUAAUGAGAGCAAAGAAGAAGCAGAUCAGGAAAAAGAUACAUUGUCUGAAGAACUAAAUCAUUUAAAGCAGGAAAAUGAAAGAAUUAAUAAUGAAUUCAACCAAAUUAAGUCAGAAAAGGAAAAGGAAAAUAAGAGACUUGCAGCUCUUGAGAAAGAAAAUGAAGAAUUGAGGACUGACAAAGAUAAACUCAGUUUAGAGCUCACAAAGUCAAAGGAAAAUAUUGCCAAAAUUAGUGAGCAUGCUUUUGCCGAGCUCACCGUUACAAAUGAAAAAAUGGACACAUUAAAAAAUGAGUGGUCAAAGCAAAUGGAAGAGAAAGACACAAUCAAUACAGAACUUAGUAAAAAGGUCUCAGACUUGAGUGAUAAAUUAGCUAAAAAAUCUAGUGAAUACAAAGAAAAAAAUAAUGAAUAUAGUCAGAUAUCAGAGGAAUACACUCAGAAGCUGGAAAACUUAAAAUUGCAGUUACACGAGAAAGAUGAUAAGAUACAAGAAUUUAAAUUGACACAUGACAAUUUAUUAGAGGAAAAUGAGAAAUUGAAAGGAUCUCUGGAAGUGACUAAAAAUGAAUUGCAAACAAAAGAAACAGAAAUACAAUCUGAAUGUAAUGAAUUAAAGAAAGAAAAGAGUGAAUUAAAUACUCGUGUGCUUGAGCUGGAAGCUGCUAUUGACAGUCAUGAAGUUGAGUUGACUGCGGCUGGUGAGGAAAAGAGAAAGUAUGAAGCUCAACUUGAGACCGUAAAAACUGAGAAAAAUGAACUCCAAAGGGAACUGCAAUCCCUGAAGGAGCAUAUAGAACAAGUAAAUAAAGAAGUUGUGAAUAAGGAGGAGAGCAUACAAAGUUUACACAGGGAAGCUGCUUUGAGUCAAGAAGAGUAUAGGAAAGUGAAGGAAGAAAUGGCAAAGCUCACUGAAACAUUUGAAACAGAAAUUACAAAAGCCAAGGAGAGUUAUGCAAAACUGAAAGAGAACUACCAUAACAUUAGCAGAGAAAGGGAAGAGGCCUUAGCCCAACAAAAUGAACAGAACAAUGAAUUAAAGAAUAAGUUAUUGAACACUAACCAGCAAUUAUCUGAAAUGCAAGAAGCCCUGAAGCUAAAAGAGGAAAAAAUAGAAAAAUUACUCGGUGAGAAGAAAAUCAUACUUUGUGAAUUAGAAAAGAAGGUGGAAGAUUUACAAAAUGAGCUUCAGGAGAAAGAAACCUUAUUGAAAGUGAAAACUAAAGAGUAUGACUCAAAAGUCGAGGAGUUAGAAGCACAAAUGACAAACACUGAAAAGGACCUCAAAUGCAGAUUAGAGGACAGUUUUAAGGAAAAGCAUAAUCUUGAACAACGUGUGGAAGAAUUGUUACGCAAACUCACAGAAAAUGACGAGCUGAUGGUGAGGCAGGCUGAGGUAGCAGAACAGAAGCUGAUGGAAUCCCAAAAGGCAUUGGCUGCUGAGAAAGAGGAGCUGGAGAGUACAUGGGAGGAGAGACUAAGAAAUCACGGCAUUGCUGAUUCUCUUAGUGCAAAUAGCCGUUACGUUGCUUUGCUCAACAUGUUAAAGAUCUCGUGUGAACUUGACCGACUUCAAAAGCAACACGAAGAGACUGUGGCAAGUAGCUCCAUAGAGGUGACCAGGUCCCACCAGGUUCAGUUGGAAGCUGCCCAAAGUAGCUACCAACAUUCUGUUGCCACCAGGGAUGCAACCAUUGCUGCACUUAAGGAUGAGGCUGACCAGCAGCACCUUGCCCACCAGGAGGAAGUGGAGGCCUGGCAACGCAAGUACCAGGAUUUGGAGAGCCAGCUGGCUGAGGCCAAGUGUCAGAUUGAAAGGCUUCGGGGCUUUGAGGCGGGUUUGGAAGAAGCUCGUAAACAACUUGCAGCGGCAGCAGCAGCCCAACGUGCCAGGUUGGAGGAGAAGCUCUCAGCGUCCGCGGGCACCAGUGCGACCCUCGAGGCGCAGGUAAACCAGCUGCAGCAGGACAACCAGCACCUUAAAGACACCCUAGAACACUACCAGAAGGAGAGGGAAGAAGCCAAUCAGAGGAUAGCAGCCCUGGACUCUAGUAAUGAGGAAAAUAAAAACAAGGUUCUGAGCAUGGAGCUCUCUCAUAAAGAUCUUCAGGAAAAAAUAAAUAGAUUGAGUCAAGAAAAGACAAGGUUGAUACAUCAACUUCAAGAUGGAUCCUCAGAAGGAGUGAUUGAUGAGUUGAUCAGGGAGAAAGAUGAGCUGGAGGAGCGACUUUCUAAAGAAAAGGAAGCACAAGUAACAGAGUACCAAGCAAAAACUAGAGACUUACAAAAGCAGCUUCAUGAUCUCACAGAAAUAAGACAGGGAUAUGAGACGCAAAUAAAACAGAUGGAAACCAACAGUGAUGAAAUGCAGAGAAAGUUUGGAGCUGCACAGCUUGAGCGAGAUGCAGCAAGGUCAGAAGCUGCCCAGCUUCUUGCACAGAAGGAAGGUCAAGAAAACAAUCUCAAAGAUCUGCAAAGGUUAAAAGAAGAGCUGAAUGAGGAGGUUACCUUGCAGAAAGACACUAUAUCUAGCCUGAAAGCAGAACUUGAAGUAGAGAAAAAUAAAGUUCAGACAUUGGGAGAAACUGUCAAUACUUUACAAAACAAUAUACUUAACCUUCAGAAACAAGUUGAGGGACUCAAUGAUACAUGUUCAAAACUUGCCUGUGACCUGGAGAAGGAGAGCAAACUAAGAAUAGACAUACAAACACAGCUGACUCAGGUGCAGCAGCUCAACAAGCAGCUGGAAGAACAAGUCAGUAGUGGAGAGACGAUGAUUCACCAGCUUAAAAGGGAAAAGGAAGAGCUAUAUGCAGAACUUCAGACCCAUGCUUCAGACUUUGACUCAAGAAAGAGAACACUAGAUGAGAAUGUAAGCUCUCAUGCAGACAGGGCAGACCCUCCAAUCGACAGAAAUGUCAGCGUCGAACAAUUAGUCGAAAAAACGCCAACGAAUGCAGAACAACGAACCAAGUGUGAUGAAGUGUCGAGAUUAAAGUCUGUUCUAGCAGCAAGAGAUGAAGACUUAAGUAGAGCCAGACUAUUCAUAAAAGAUCUAGAGGAAAGAUUAAGACUAGCAGAGGUGGUUAGUGGUGAAGUUGAAGAACACAGACGAAGAAUAAGAGAACUUGAGUCACAGCUCAUUGAAGUAGAGGAGCGACGUCGACAGCAGCUGGAGGCAGCGGCAGAGGAGGCAGCAAGAUGUGUGGCAGCUAAGGAGCAGGAAUGCCUCAACACUAUUUCUUCAGCAUAUGACCAACAAGACAGUGAAACCACCAACCUAGUACGGCAGCAUCAGGAGGCCUUGAGAGAGGCACAAGAAGGGAUGAAGGAAAAAACAACAGAGCUUGAAGCAGUAUCUCAGGAUUACAAUAACAAGCUACAGGAGAAGGAUGAUGAGCUAUGCAAGUUUGUUCUACAGUAUGAAGAACAGCUGGCAGAAUUGAAAGCACAACAUGAGGCACACAUAAAGGAGUUAGAAGCUACAUGGAAGACACAAGCAGAGAAGAUGGUACAGCAUCGGGAGUCUCAGCUGCAGGAGGAAAUGAACGGCCUUACACAGGAGUGGACCAAGGAACGCAGGAGUCCUGAGCCUCACCCAGCAGAAAACCCUCAGGAAUUGGAAAGGCUGACCCAGGUAGCAGCAGCAGCCUUCCAAAGUGGCACAGAGUCAGUGGAGCUCCUCAAGAAGCAAGUUGCUGCACAACGCCGGGAACUGGAGGACAUGAAGCUCAAUCAUGGAAAAGAAAUAGGAGAGCUGAAAGCCUUGCUAGACCUGAAGCGAAGGACAAGAGGUGCCAGUGGAGGAACAGGUGUGAGACUUGGAGUGUCUUUGGAAGAAGCAGCAGAGUUUGAGUACCUUAAAAACAUCUUAUACCAGUACAUGCUGGGAAAAGAAACACAGACAUUAAGUAAGGUGUUGUGUGCCGUGGUGAAAUUUGAUGGCCGGCAGCAGCAGGAGAUCCAGGAGCAUGAGGAGCAUCGCCAGAGUCUGCUGAGGUCAGUAAAUGGAUCUGUUCAUCCCAGCCUUCUUCAAGAAGAAAGAUCAGAGAUGUCCAAGGCUCUUUGACUGUACAGUUGCAGAAUUGGUCACAAGGCUUAGGCCUCUACUGAGUGAUGUAUACCACAUCUGCCAGCUGAAGGGAACUAGGUAAAAAAUAUGUUCAUUGAAGUACCUGAAUUACAUUAAAAGCCAGCUUAUGACUGGAGAUUGUUGUGGUUAUUACAAUCAAUAUCAAGUUCAUUGUACAGUGUUCCAUGUUUAGCAGUUUACAGCUAAAUAGCUCAAAGUUGGUGAUGGUGUUGGUGUCCACAAAAUACCCCAUUCUCUUACUCCUCAGCACAUUUUUUACACCAUUUUAUAGCAGAAAAGUUGAUAAUUAGUGGUAGUCACUCAAUAUUAAAAUAUUGCAUGAUUGCAGUUGUCGGAAGUCUAUUAAAGUAGUUCAUGUGGACUUCUCUAUCAUUUCAUCUCAAGUCAUUUCUUCUUAAUUAAAUGUUUUCCCUACAAGAAUUAUAUUGCAUACAACUUAAAAAUCAAUAGAACCAAGAGAAGCAGCACAGCUUGUAUAUCUUUAUAAAAUUUUGUGAAUAAGCUAUAAUGAAACAUCAAUAUAUUUUUCUUUUUUUUGUGUGAUAAUAAAGUGUCUAGUCAUCAUAGUCAUAUUCACAUUUUCAUAUGUCUUGGCUAGUUUUAGUGGAAAGAGCCUUUGUGAAUGCUGCCAAACAUUUUACAGUAUGUAAUAUUAUAUAUAUCCAGAGUAUAUUUUUAAAGUAAUAUAACCUAUAUGUAUGUUUAUGAUUACAAAAUAUGGCUGUAGAAGACUGAAUUUCAAAGUCUUAUUUUCCAUACUUUCACAUUUAAUUUCUGUAUCUUCACAUUUCAUGAAAACACUGACAAAUAACUAACUUAAACCUUUAUGGAUGGCAAAUGAAAAGUCAGUAAAUCAUGACCUGCUCGAGAAGUAAAUCUUGUUAGUUAUCAAGGUACAUAAUGAUCGAUCAAUAUCAAUGAGAGAGAAAUUAAAUGAGUUUUUUUCCCAUAGAAGUGAGCUUUUAUUUUAAUUUUUAGCUAUUUUAAUGAUGUGCUGAUAUAUACUUGCAUCAUCAAUCAGUGGCCAAAUGCAAAUAACAAUAGAAGGAAACAGGAAAUUCAUAAACUUUAGUAAUACUUUGCUCUAUGAGUUCUUCCAACUUGAUAUAUUUGAGAGAGAGAGAGAGAGAGAGAGAGAGAGAGAGAGAGAGAGAGUGUUCAAACACCCUUAUUUGCUCCUCCCACCCAGUCUAAACAACCAGGUGACUGAGUAUGUGAUAUUUAUUCAGAUACUGUCAGCUGAUUGGUUUUCAUAAUCAUAAAACUCUUGAUUUUCAUAACUAUAGAACUCUUGAAAUUUACAAGCAUGAUUUUCCCAAUGGGAUGUAGCAGUAACCAAAUGACAUUCAAGAGGGUUGAUGAAACAAGUUUAUAGAGGGUGUGUGUGUGGGGGGGGGGGGUCAAAUAGAUCUACUAAAUGGACGAGAAAAAAAGGUAGAGGAACAUACUCUUCUUGUAGAGAAUAUUACUGUUUUUAUAUGAAGCUGAACUGUAAGAAUCUAGUUUUGAGGUUUUAAGGAAAAUGAAGAAUCUUGCAAAGGAUACAAACAAUAGUAUGCAUGGAAUGUUUGCCUAAAGUUUGGAGAACUGGAGACUUCAUCUCUUGUAACCAACUUCUUUGGAACUACUUCAAGGAAAAGGCAUCUAUUUAAUGGAGGGUUGCAUAUUAAAACAAAAAAAGCUAGAUAUGGUUACAAAAAAAAAGAAAUAUAAAUACACUGCAAGACAUAUGCAUAUAGUGUAUGUAUAUAAAUAUCCAUGGGAUAAAAUACAAAAAAAAUACGUGAUAAUUUAUCCCUGUACCUCAAUCAUAAAAAACA